UGGCACCUCCCUUUUCCAGGAGCUGAACAUGGGCCAGCGCUGCUCGGACACGCGUGGGAUUGUCUUUGAGGAUGUGCGGGUCCCCAAGGAGAACGUGCUGAUUGCGGAGGGCGCCGGCUUCAAGAUCGCCAUGGGCGCCUUUGACAAGACCAGGCCCCCGGUGGCAGCGGGGGCCGUGGGGCUGGCGAGGCGAGCGCUCGACGAGGCCACGCGGUACGCGCUGGAGAGGAAAACCUUCGGGAAACCCAUCGUGGAGCACCAGGCCGUGGCGUUCCUGCUGGCGGAGAUGGCCAUGAAGGUGGAGCUGGCCCGCCUGGGGUACCAGCGAGCGGCCUGGGAGGUGGACGCCGGCCGCCGCAACACCUUCUACGCCUCCAUUGCCAAGGCCUUCGCCGGGGACGUCGCCAACCAGGUGGCCACAGAUGCUGUGCAGAUCUUUGGGGGCAACGGCUUCAACACGGAAUAUCCCGUGGAGAAACUCAUGAGGGAUGCCAAAAUCUAUCAGAUCUACGAGGGCACAGCCCAGAUCCAGCGAGUGAUCAUUGCCCGUGAGCACCUGGGCAGGUACAAGGACUGAGGGAUGCGGCAGCUCCAGGCCUGCUAUUCCAGGGAAAGGGAUUGUGCUGCAUUUCUCCAUUAGAAAAACACGGGAAAACCCCUUUUCCAUUAAACUCCUGUUCUUGUGCCUGAUCCAGCAGAGGCUCAUCCAUCCCCUGAGUGCAUCCCACUGACUGAUCAUCCCUAAAUCCUCCAGGAAUCACAUCGCUCUUCCCAAACCUCCCUUUGGCUUUCAGCAGCAAAGGAGACCAAACCCUUCCCCAGCAAACCUGGAUGAGCAGAGAGUGAACCAAAGUCUCAUUUUGUUAAAAUUUAUUUUUGCCAGUGACAGCAAAAGUCCUGCACGUCCCAGGGGUUGGAUUUGGGAUGUUUCCAUGUUUUUAACAGCACCAAUCCGCUCUCUUUGUGUAUUCCUGGGGCUUGGGUGAUGGCAGCUGGAUCAACCUCAGGGAAUUUUAAAAAAUCUGACUUUUCCUGCUGUGGCAGGGCCCAGAUGGCUCUGUCACUCAGGCUCCAGGGCCCUGCUUCCCAAGAGCCUUUCAACAUCCAGAUCUAAAGGAAAACUAAGGUGAAUCCAUGUUUCUCGAGCCAGAAUUCCUUGUUAGGGGUGAGCGGUGAUGAUGGUGUGUGAGAGGGGCUACGGGUGUGGCAGGAAAGGAGAAGGAUGGGGCAGGGGGAAGGUGGAUUUACUGAUCCUGUGGAAAAGCGUGCAGGAAAUGGGCUGGUUUUGGGCAUCGAAGCUGGCUGAGCCAGGGAUGAGACUUGUGUGGCACAGAGGGAUUCCCUGGAAAAAGGCUGGAGUCACUGCCAGGUCCCAAUAAACACUGCUGGUGAUUUGCAGAAUAAAAGGAACUCUAUAACUCGCA